AUGGCAGUGAUUAUUUCAAAUUCAACUGUCAAUAUCUUAUACCUUGUCACCAAAAAACUCUCCAUGAAGUUCUACUCCUCACGAGUGCAUCUUUUCCUUUUCAUCAUUGUUAUUCUUUAUCCUGCGGUUAUUGCUGACUUAAGUUCUGACAAGCAAGCCCUUCUUGAUUUUGCUAAUUCUAUCCCCCAUCACCGUGAUCUUAAGUGGAAUCCAGCUACCUCAAUCUGUACAUCUUGGGUAGGCGUCACUUGUAAUCCAAAUGGCACCCGUGUUGUUUCUCUUCGGCUUCCUGGAAUUGGACUAGUUGGCACCAUUCCUGCCAACACACUUGGCAAGAUUGACUCGCUCAAAAAUAUCAGCCUCCGUGCCAACCUACUCAGUGGAAGUCUUCCUCCUGAUAUUACUUCUCUUCCUUCUCUACAAUAUCUUUUCCUUCAGCAUAAUAACCUUUCUGGUAACAUACCUACCUCGUUGUCCACCCACCUCAAUGUACUUGAUUUGUCAUACAAUUCCUUCACUGGUGCUAUUCCAAAGACAUUACAAAACUUAACACAACUAACUAGGUUGAAUCUCCAGAACAAUUCCCUAUCUGGAGAGAUACCAAAUCUCAAUGUCACUAAGCUCAGGCAAUUGAAUUUAAGUUACAACCAUUUGAAUGGCUCUAUCCCUGCUGCCCUUCAGAUUUUUCCCAAUUCUUCCUUUGAGGGUAACUCUCUAUGUGGAUUACCUCUAAAGUCAUGCUCUGUAGUCCCCCCUGGACCUCCUCCAUCGGCAACGCCUACCCCACCAACUCCUCAAGGACAUAGGUCCAAAAGUAAACUGAGUAAGGCAGCUAUCAUUGCAAUUGCAGUUGGUGGGGGUGUGCUAUUACUUUUAGUAGCUCUCAUCAUUGUUCUUUGCUGUUUAAAGAAAAAAGAUGAUGGAAGCCCCAGAGCUACUAAAGGCAAGGGUCCUAGUGGUGGGAGAAGUGAGAAGCCAAAAGAAGAGUUUGGAAGUGGGGUACAAGAACCUGAGAAAAACAAGUUGGUUUUCUUUGAGGGCAGUUCUUAUAAUUUUGAUCUUGAGGAUUUGCUGAGAGCUUCGGCUGAAGUUCUUGGAAAGGGUAGUUAUGGUACUGCAUAUAAGGCUAUAUUGGAAGAGUCAACAACAGUUGUGGUGAAAAGGUUGAAGGAAGUUGUGGUAGGCAAAAGGGAAUUUGAACAGCAGAUGGAGAUUGUGAGGAGAGUUGGAAAACACCCAAAUGUUGUGCCACUUCGUGCUUACUAUUAUUCCAAGGAUGAGAAGCUUUUGGUUUAUGACUACAUCCCAAAUGGCAAUCUAUCAACACUCUUGCAUGGUAACAGAGCAAGCGGAAGAACUCCUUUAGAUUGGAACUCCCGAAUAAAAAUCUCCAUUGGAAUUGCGAGAGGAAUUGCUCACAUACAUUCAGUUGGUGGUCCAAAAUUCACUCAUGGAAAUGUGAAAUCCUCGAAUGUCCUUCUCAACCAAGAUAACGAUGGCUGCGUCUCUGACUUCGGCCUGACCCCACUUAUGAAUGUUCCUGCAACCCCUUCUAGAGCUGUCGGCUAUCGAGCCCCUGAGGUGAUUGAAACGCGUAAGCACACUCACAAGUCAGAUGUGUACAGUUUUGGUGUUCUCCUUCUGGAAAUGCUGACCGGAAAAGCGCCACAACAGUCUCCAGGACGGGAUGACAUGGUUGAUCUCCCAAGGUGGGUGCAGUCUGUUGUUAGGGAGGAGUGGACAGCUGAGGUUUUUGAUGUGGAGCUGAUGAGGUACCAAAACAUUGAAGAAGAAAUGGUGCAAAUGUUGCAAAUUGCCAUGGCCUGUGUGGCAAAGGUUCCAGAUAUGAGGCCUACCAUGGAGGAGGUAGUGAGAAUGAUUGAAGAGAUCCGGCAAUCCGAUUCGGAAAACCGGCCAUCAUCGGAAGAGAAUAGAUCCAAGGAGGAAUCAACUGCUCAAACUCCAUAA